GAAAUCAAUGAAGAGGACGGUGGAAAAGUAUUUGAAGAAUUGAAAACAUUUGCUCCACCGUAUUCAAGUCCUAAUCAUUUUGCUACUACAAACAAUAUAAGAGUGUAUGUCACAUCAGCUGGAUUUCAAGAACAACAAUCAUCACGGCAGACAAUUUUGAAUUCUGAGAUCCGGACGAAUAGAGAUGAUUCAACGGUUGGAAGAUAUUACAUUUCACCCGGUACAUCACGGCUUACUCCAUCAUUGCAUAUGAAGCAGAUACAUCCGGAAAAGGACAGAAAUCCUUCGAUCGAUUCAAAUCAAGAAAACAAUUUAUGCGUUGCAUUUGGUAAUGAAACUUCAGGGAGCCACUACAGUGUACCAAGAUGCGAAAGAUGUAAGGUAUAA